GUGGCGGGGCGCGCGUGCCGUACAGGGCCCGCCUUCUGGGCUUGUUGGGGACCGACGCGGAUGGAAGCUGGGUGCCCAUGGCGGUGGCAGCGAUGGCCGAGCGUGGCCGCUUACCGCACGCCGCGCCCGGAACGGAGGGGCUGCCGCGAGCUUUCCUCCAGAGCCUGCGCACCCUCUUCGACAUCCUGGACGACCGGCAGCGCGGCUACGUGCACCUGCGCGAGAUCGAGUCCCGCUGGCAGGGAGCGGACGCACGCGAGCUGCCCUGCGGCGUCCUCGAGGGCCUGCGCCAGGUGGCCCCCGCCAAUGGCUACCUGACUUUCGAGCGCUUCGUGGCGGGCUUGCGCACCUCGCUGCUGAACGCCAACAGUGCCCCGAGGGAUCAGGCACGCGUCGCUCCCCGGUCUGGGGACCAACCUUCGCUGCAGCAGCGUCUGAUGUUCGUACCGGCCGACGAGCCGCGGACUGUCCUGGAGAGGAAGCCUCUGCCCCCGAGUGCGCGCCCCGCGCCUGCUGGCCCCAGUGGCACCUCCCGGAACCCUGAGCUACUGUGUGUCCCCGCGGAGGCGGCACCCUGUCCCAAGGAGCCCGAGCGGCCCCUGAGUAAGACCCUGGAGCGAAGCCCGAGCGCAGACGCGGGCGCAGCAUCCUGUAAGACCCUGGACAUAGGUGAGGCUCGGCAGGCUCCACGGGCUCGAGGUGAACGCCGAAGGCAUACCAUCACCAACGGUGUGGACUGUGGCCUGUUGAAGCAGAUGAAGGAGCUAGAACAGGAACAGGAGGUGCUGCUGCAGGGCUUGGAGAUGAUGGCUCGCGGCCGAGAGUGGUACCAGCAGCAGCUGCAGCGUGUGCAGGAGCGUCAGCGCCGUCUGAGCCAGAGCAGAUCUGGCGCUGACUUUGGGACUGCAGGGAGUCCCCUCCCUCUGGGGAGGUUACUGCCCAAAGUACAGGAGGUGGCCCGGUGCCUGGGGGAGUUGUUGACUGCAGCCUGUUCUGGCAGAGCUCUGCCCUCGUCUUCUUUGGGGCCCCUGGGCUCCACCUCUCCCUCAGCGCCAGUCUGGCAGCAGCAGACCAUCCUCAUGCUGAAAGAGCAGAACCGGCUUCUCACUCAGGAGGUGACCAAUAAGAGCGAGCGCAUCACUCAGCUGGAGCAGGAGAAGUCUGCACUCAUCAAGCAGCUGUUUGAGGCCCGGGCUCUCAGCCAGCAGGAUGCUGGGCCUCUGGACUCUACCUUCAUCUAGCUGGUUGUAUCUCGCUAGGAUGUGCACGCGGACUUAGCCCCAGCUCCACGGCGCUGCCGUGGAGCCUGUCUUCUGACUGAAGGUCUCAGAGCUUAGCCCUCAGAGCCUUGGAGAGGGCACCUGCCUCCACUCUUGUCAUCUGGGCUGUCCUGAGGCUUGCCCCAGGCUGGCCUGACACUAUACAGUGGGUGCUGAUCGUAGUAACGCUGUCAGGCCUGAAGCUGCUACUCCAUUGUCACUGGAUGGCAGAGGACCGUUCCUCAUAUUUAUCUGGUUUUCAGCAGCCCUGGACAAAGAAGGGGGCAUGUUUACAGUCAUCCUGUCCCCUCUUGUAAGGCUGGGAUCUUUGGUAUUUA